UCCUUCUUAUAAAGAAGACUAAUAUUUCUGUACUUCAGAUAUUGCUAAAGUUGAAAUUACAGAAAGAGAUCUAGCCAAAGAAAUUAAAAGUACAUAAGGUCGGUCAAUAUCAUAGAUGGAGAACAAGAACAAAGCUGAUCAAUCUAGUAAUGACGAUGAAGUUUGUGCUGAAGACAAUAUUUUCCUUAAGUUUGGAAAGGGAAGAAAAGAGCGUGAAGAGGAUAAGUCAAAGCCAUCCUCCCCUCAGCACAAAGAUUUCAUGACCAUUGACAAAGUUGAGGAAGCUCCUGUUAUGGUAAAGAGAGAAGGAUCGCCAGCAGAACUCAACUCAAUGGCUUCUUCAUCUACUCAGAAAGAACAGGAUGAUCAGCUUGCAUCAGCUAAAUUUGAAAUGCAAGAGGUAAUGCAAGAAAACCAAAGGCUUCAACUGCACUUGGAUCGAGUCAUGAAGGACUAUCGAAAUCUCCAGAAUCAAUACCACGAUAUCGUUCAAAGAGAAGCUGAAAAAUCAAGCAGCACUGUGAACACUACUCAGCAUCAUGAAUCUGAUCAACUCGUUUCCCUUAGCCUAGGAAGGACUACAAGCGAUAUGAAAAAAGACGAAUUAUCUAAAUUCUUUAAGAAAGGUAAGGCUCGUGACGAGGAAGAAGUUAAUAAAAGUCUAGCCUUAGGAUUGGAUUGCAAGUUUGAAGUAUCUGCCAAAACAAGUCCUACAGAAUGUUCACCUGUGAAUCUUACUCCAGAGAAUAGCUUAGAAGAAGCUAAUAAGGAAGAAAACGGAGAGACGUCGACGUGGUCGCCAAACAAAAUUCUCAAGACAAUGAGAAAUAAUGGAGAUGGCGAUGAUGUCGCACAACAAAACCUUACUAAAAGAGCUAGGGUUUCUGUCAGAGUCAGAUGUGAUGCCCCUACGAUGAAUGAUGGAUGCCAAUGGAGAAAAUACGGUCAAAAAAUUGCAAAAGGAAAUCCAUGCCCUCGAGCUUACUAUCGUUGCACCGUAGCACCAAAUUGCCCAGUUAGAAAGCAGGUUCAAAGAUGUGCUGAGGACAUGUCAAUAUUGAUCACCACAUAUGAAGGAACGCACAACCAUCCACUUCCUCUUUCAGCCACAGCAAUGGCAUCCACCACCUCAGCAGCCGCCAGCAUGUUGUUAUCUGGUUCGUCGAGUUCAUCAGACCCAAGUCCACAAAUAACUGCGACCACUACCAACACCAACACCAGUACUACUUCAGCCAAUCUCAACGGACUCAACUUCUAUCUCUCUGAUACUUCCAAACAUAAGCCGCCAUUUUACUUUCCGAAUUCAUCCAUCUCAGCAUCCGCACCUAAUUCGCUCCCUACAAUCACUCUUGAUCUGACUUCAACCUCCUCCUCCUCUACCUUAUCUCAUCUAAACAGAAUGAGUAAUAAUUUUCCUCCUAGAUAUAAUUACAAUACUUCCUCCACAAACCUUAACUUUAGUUCAGUACUGGAAUCCAAUUCCCUUCCAAUUUCUUGGAGUAAUUAUGCAAAUCAAGCCUACAACAAGAAUAACCAAAAUUUUGGUUCUCUUACAUUCUCAUCCAGACCAAAUCAAGAAAAUAUUUUCCAAUCUUAUUUACAAAGGAAUAACAAUAAUCCUACACAAUCUUCUUUACCACCAGAUACUAUUGCAGCUGCAACCAAAGCAAUUACAUCAGACCCAAAUUUCCACUCUGCAUUAGCUGCAGCUCUCACGUCAAUCAUGGGAAAUAAUGGUAACAUUGGAAAUAAAUCUGGCGAAAAUCCGAAUGUCACUGAGCCAUUUCCAGUGUUGUCCAGUCUACCAUCAAGCUCAAAUCCAAAUAAAUGUUCUUCAAGUUUUUUAAACAAACCAACUUCUUCUUCUCCCACAAAUAAUACACAGCCUGGAAAUAAUAACAUGGUGUUUUUCACGCAACCUUCUUCAUCGCCAUUUUCGACGUCCAAGGGUAAAUCUACCUCUCCUAGUGAUAAUAAGUUUGAUUGAUUUUUCAUGUUCUACCUCUUCCUGGAUUUUGUAGUUAGCAGCAUUAAUCAUCUGCUGAUCGAGUACAUUCUUCUUGUGAUGAUUUGGAAGUAAAUAAUAUUAUCCAGGUGUAGUCUGUAGAUAUGUUUUAGUUUCAUGAACCCAAUGCAAUAGAAACUUGGGAAGCUGAA